CCGUUCAACUUGACUGACGUGAGGUUUCGUGACAUAUGUUAUGUAGUGAACUUUAGAACAGUUUGAACUAAUCAACCUGUGAUUUACAAGAGAAAGACAAUGGCCAAAACGAUCGCGAUUUGUGCCGUGGUCGUUGCCACACUUUGUUUGGCUUUUGUAAAUACGGAUGGGCCGUUUUAUCAAGAAAAGAGCCUACAUCAAGCGCAAGAAUUGACGGACCAACAAAUAGCAGAGCUAUCCGACCUUGCUGACCAAAAAUACUUUAGAGCUGUGCUGGAUAAAAUUCUAGUACCUAGAGUAGUUGGAACAGCGAACCACAAGAGAGUCGGCGACUUCAUUAUCACCGAGAUGAAAAAGCUCGGUUGGGAUACGUCGGAGGACACGUUCACAGAUAGUACACCCAUUGGGAACCUCAACUUUAGGAAUAUUGUGGCAAAGUUGAAUCCGCAAGCUGAUAGAUAUUUGAUGCUGGCUUGUCAUUACGAUAGUAAAUACUACAGGGAACACGCUUUUGUUGGUGCAACGGACUCAGCAGUGCCUUGUGCCAUGAUGAUAAACUUAGCUAAAGUGAUGGCAAAACAUUUGAAUAACUGCAAAAACCGGAACCUUAGCCUCAUGUUUGUGUUCUUCGACGGCGAAGAAGCCUUCAGGGAAUGGAGCGACUCGGAUUCCGUGUACGGAGCACGGAAUUUGGCUAAGAAGUGGCAGGCGACGCCGUACAAAGACAAUACCAACGAAUUACACAGAAUUGAUUUAUUCGUGCUCCUGGACCUCCUCGGUGCACCAGAUCCAGUGUUCUACAGCUACUUCAAAUCCACGGAGAGGUGGUACGUGCUUUUGGCCCAAGCGGAGCAGCGGUUGGCUAACAUGAACAAGCUCACUGGAUACUCCGUCGGGAAAGCUGAACAGACUUACUUCCGACUGAGGAGUUCCAGAGCUGCAAUCGAGGAUGAUCAUGUGCCGUUUUUGAGGAGAAACGUGGACGUCCUGCAUGUAAUACCGAACCCGUUCCCGCCCGUAUGGCACACGCCCGGUGACGACCUUUCCGCCUUGGACUUCAACACAAUCGAAAACCUCAACAAGGUCUUCCGCGUGUUCGUGGCCGCGUAUUUAAACAUCUUCUAGCACACGAUCCCACUUCGCGAGGGCCCGAAGCGCCUUCGUGCGAAGCCCCCACUCCGGCCGAAGCGACUUCGCGUACCACCGCACCAAGUACGUGCAACACAGCGCACGUACUGGACGUUACACAGGGUUAUUGUUACUUAAAAAACAACGAUACUUAAAAACAAAGGUUGUGACGUCACGAACGAACAUUGGUCGUAACGUCAUAGCAAAGUUAGUGACUGCGUUCCUAAAAAUAAAAAAGACAUUUAUUUAAGACAAAAAGGGCAUUCCACACGGUCAACGAUGAUAUUUAUUUAACAAUAAUGAUAAAUAAUGCAUAUGUAAACUCCUUGUCCUGUCCCUGAUCGAAUAUGAUUUAUCACAGAAUUUAUACAAUAAUAUCUACAGAAAUUAUAAAUAGGUGGAGGUAGUUACCCUAUGUAAUGUAAAAUAAAACAUUUGAUAUAAUUUCUGUGUCGAGUUGUAACUGUAAAAUCAAUCUAAUGUCCCCUGUAAUGAAAUACAAAUAAUUUAUUUUAAAUGAUACGGUAUAUUUUUUUUAAAUUAUAUACUAGAUUAUUUUUUUAUUACAAAAAAGAGUAACUGUGAAAAGGACUAUUAAGUUUACAAAGACAGUGGCGGUAUAUCGCGUUACAGCUUAAUAAUUUAAUAUGCCAUGUCCGAUUUUUAAUUAGAGAUAAGAAACUGACAAACAUUAGUAACACUUUACACAAAAAUAAAGUUGCUAUGAUGCUAUGUUUAUUGCAUAGUGAUGCGUUUGGUUGUUUUUCUUUUUUUAUUCAUUUAUAAACAUAACAGAAUUGAUUGGGUGUGAUAUAAUUGUACUGUGUCACAAAAACCAAGUUUGGUUGUACGGUACUGCCACUCGUCAGCUAGUACAAAGUAUACAUUAUAUUUAACAGUAAGUUGUAGCUGUUAUAAAGUAUUCUAAAUUAUCAACUCGGCAAACUCUUCUUAAUUUAGUUGUCUUGAUGAACUCAGUGAAACAGAAUCACUUCAAAUUAAUUGUUUAGAUUCUUAACUAUUAAUCUGGUAAAUAAUGUUUAAGAGUUCUAUUGAAUGUCAGGAGUUACUCCACUAGGUUGUUAUAAUUAUGAAUACAAAGAUUCGAACCAACGUCUUCUAGCAAACCGUGCCAGACACUAUGCCAACUAAGCCACGGAACGAAUCAGCGGACCU